AUGCACUGCAAGUUCACUGCAUAUAGUGCUACAAUUCAUCAACAUGGAGUAUCAUCUAUAUCAUCAUUGCCAUCUCUUCUUCGGAUUACAUCUCAUCCCUCCGCCAAAACUAUCACCUUUUUCCAUAAAAAUUCUUUUCCUUUACACCGCCGGAGACUUGGCAUAGUUCUUUGUAAUACUAAUGGCGGUGGGGUGAAGGACGACCAAGCUCAACCCAUCAUCACCUCGUCACCUCCGGAAGUCAAACAACAAGAUGAUGGUGAGUUGCCAGAAUUGCUGCAACUAGGCAACUCUGCCAUUCUACCCGCCUGCUUUGUUGGGCUCUUCACUGGCAUCGCUAUCGUCCUUUUCAACUACACGGUACAUGAAAUACGCGACUUGAGCUGGGGCGAAAUACCUGCUCAAGGUGCCACAUGGUUAAGAGAGGAACCCAUUGAAACCAAAUGGGGACGAGUAGUCUUAGUUCCUGCUGUUGGAGGUCUUAUAGUUAGCUUAUUGAACGUGAUUCGAACUUCGUUAGAGGAUUCUGCUGAUGGAACUGCCAUGUUGAACAUCAAAUCAGCACUGAAACCGAUUCUGAAAACUGCAGCUGCUUGUGUUACCUUGGGAACGGGGAACUCGUUAGGACCGGAAGGCCCAAGUGUUGAGAUUGGUGUCUCCAUAGCCAAAGGAGUAGGCACUUUUUUGGAUAGAGGAGCUAAAAGAAAGCUUUCACUCAGAGCUGCAGGGUCAGCUGCCGGAAUUGCUGCAGGAUUCAAUGCUGCUGUUGGUGGUUGUUUUUUUGCGGUGGAGUCAGUCUUGUGGCCUUCACCUGCAGAGUCAUCCUUAUCCCUUACAAACACAACUUCAAUGGUAAUUUUGAGUGCUGUUAUAGCUUCAGUCAUAUCAGAAAUCGGUCUGGGCUCUGAACCAGCUUUUGCUGUCCCACUCUACGACUUUCGUUCUCCAAGUGAACUGCCGCUGUAUCUUCUGUUAGGCGCAUUAUGUGGUGUAAUCUCGGUUGGCUUAUCAAAGUGCACAUCUUUUAUGCUGGAUUUGUUUGAUGAGAUUGAAAGAGGUGUUGGGAUACCCAGAGCAUUGUUUCCCAUACUUGGUGGUUUGACAGUUGGAUUUAUAGCCUUAGCAUAUCCGGAGAUCCUUUACUGGGGAUUCGAGAAUGUUAACACGCUCUUAGAAUCACGGCCAUUCUCAUUCAGCCUUUCUGCUCAACUCUUGGUGCAGUUGGUGGCUGUCAAAAUAGUGACGACUUCCUUAUGCAGAGCUUCUGGAUUAGUAGGUGGUUACUACGCACCCUCUCUAUUCAUCGGUGCAGCAACAGGAAUGGCAUAUGGAAAAAUUGUGGGUCAUCUGGUUUCCAUAUCCAAUCCAGUUUUUCAACUUUCAGUCCUGGAAGUCGCUUCGCCUCAAGCUUAUGCAUUGGUUGGCAUGGCUGCUACGUUAGCUGGUGUUUGCCAGGUACCCCUUACUGCAGUUUUGCUUCUGUUUGAAUUAACACAGGAUUAUCGUAUUGUUCUGCCUCUUUUGGGAGCUGUGGGAUUCUCUGCAUGGAUUACGUCCGACAAGACAAGGAAAAAGGCAACCGACACUUCCAGAGAAUCAAAAGAUGUGAAGGAGGUGAAUGGGAAUAGUAUCUGUGAACUGGAGAGUUCUCUGUGUCUGAACAGUGACUCCGAAGAGGAUGCAGGGAAUAAUUUAGCAGACGAAAUCAUGGUGUCGCAAGCCAUGAGAAGGAGAUAUGUAACAACGAUGAUGAGCUCUUCUCUAACAGAUGUAGUGUCACUGAUGCUGGAAGAGAAGCAGUCUUGUGCAUUUAUAGUGGAUGAUGAUAAUUGUCUCCUUGGUCAGUUAACACUGAUUGACAUUCAACAAUUCCUUGAAUUAUCUAUGAAAAAAACCACCAGACCUCAGGUUCCCAGAGUAUCUGAAGUGUGUGUCUCUUACGGUGGAAGAUGUGUGGUUUCAUGUACAACGACCCCAAACAUGAGUGUCCUUACUGCUCUUAGCCUGAUGAAUAGGCAGGGUGUGAGCCAAGUGCCGGUUAUUUUGGAUGAUGAUGGUCGUCGUUUAGUCGGUGUGUUGGACAGAGAAUCCAUCAAUCUUGCUUGCAGAGCAUUCGCAAUCCGGGAUGGACUCAGCUGGUUCAUGCUGGAGGACAAACUCAAGAAUUGAGAGUCUCAGACUGUACUUACAAUUUCUUGAGGUUUACUCGAUCAAAGUAGGGAUAUUCAUCAUAGUUUAAUUCAAUCACCUCUUGAGUUCGUUCCCUUGAUAUUUGAUAAUAUAGUGUGAAUUUGACAAAGAAUAUAGAGCUCAAAUCCCAAAUGGAUUUUGUAAGUAAAAAUGAGAAAAUUACAUUACUCAAUUGAAUUCUCUUCUACUGUGUGCACCAA